AAAAGCGUAGAUGCUACUACUAAAAUAAAUAGUUGCUUGUGUAUGUUUCAUUGAACCAUGUAAUUCAAUGACAUUAAAAAAGAUAAUUUGGAAAUUAUUGUUGACCAAAAUAUGCCAAAAAGUCACAGUUUACACACUUCUUAAAAUCUGUCACCUGCUUUCUUGCUCUCAAGCCCAGUGCUUACCUGCUCACCACCUGAAGGUCAGGUGGUCCCGACCCCAGCGACGGUCAUCCCGCGGCGGCCGGACGGCUCACAGCCGCCGACAGCGGGUCAUUGACCGUGGCCCGCGGAGAUGAGGAGAAUAGAGCGGGAAGCUGGCUGGCUGGGAGGCACGCCGGCCAGUGAGGGUCGGCCAGAUCAGUGUGGUGGUAUGGCGUGCUGUGCCGUGUCUGUGCUGUGAGCCGCUAUACUGUAGCUCUGGCGGUGGUCGGUCAAAGUGUGGCUGUGUGGAAAGUGAGUCGCUGUGUGUUGCGGGCUGCGGUACGUGUGUUCCGAUGGAGUGACUGGGUUGAGUCGGUAGUCCUUGAUGGAGGAGGCUGGCGACGGUCGCCGGCGCCCCCAUGAAGCGCCCCAGCCUGGUGCGGGUGGUGCCGGCCGCUCUGGCGCUGGUGCUGGUGCUGUUUGUCGCCUACGGCCACUGGGAGAGAGUCACCUCUGACCUGAGCCCGCCGGAAGCGGCCAACAUCUCCCGACUACAGCGCAAGCUCGCCGACCUGCGGGAGCUGGGCUGCUCGAUACAGGGCCGCUUCAUUCAGCUGGGGGAGCGGUCGUCGGAGCCGUACGGGACGAUCACCGCCGGCCGACCGGAGGCCUGUCUCAGCUGCCUGUGCUCGGUGAAAACGAGCGAUGUGGAGCCGGAGCCCGACUGUGUCAUCACCGAGUGUCCGACUCACGUCUGCGACCGGAAGCACCCGCACUCGUACGAGCCCGACCACCCGUGUUGCGCCAUCUGUAACACGACGGAGCCAGUUUCAGAGCCGACUGCCGAGCCGGCGCGCUCCCGGGACCCCGCCAUCCCGCUGACGCGGGCCGUGUACGAGCCGCAGCUGCUGCACGAGCCGGCGGCGGUGUGCGCCCCCUCGGCCGGCGGCGGCGGCGGCGGCCCGCUGGCGCUGCUCGGCGUCACCUCCCGGCCGCGGGCCGCCGAGCGGCGCGCCCUGUUCCGCCGGCUGUACGGGGCCGAGCUGGCCGCCGCCCGCAUCCGCUACGUGUUCGUGCUGGGCCGCGAGGAGCGCGUGGAGCGCGCGGUGAACCAGCUGCUGGCCGACGAGGAGGAGUACGAGGACUACAUGGCCGAGGAGCUGACGCCCGACGAGCUGGCCCAGGAGGCGCGCCAGUUGGCCGACCGACAGGCGGCCGUGGACGACGAGUCCGCCCGCUACGGCGACAUCCUGCAGAGCCGCGCCGCCGAGCACUACAACCACCUGAGUCUGAAGACGCUGGCGCUGCUCGAGUUCGCCGGCCGCCACUGCCGGCGCGCCGCGUUCGUCAUCAAGACGGACGAUGACGUGCUGGUAACGGUGCGCCGUCUGGCGGCGGAGGUGGCGGCGCGGGCCGGCCAGGCGCACCGGCCCUCCAUCCACGGCCUCCUCUGCGUCGACUGUACGCCGUACCGCGGCCGCCUGCUGGCCUGGCGCAGCUCGCACCGCGAGUGGCCGUGGGACCGGUACCCGGCGUUCGUCACCGGGCCCGGCUACCUGGUGUCGGCCGGCGCCGUGCAGCCGCUGCUGGCGCGCGCCCUCGACACGCCCUACCACCACCUGGAGGACGUCUUCCUCACCGGUAUCGUGGCAGAGGCGGCCGGCGUGGAGCGCCAUGACUGGGCCGCACAGUGCAUCAACCGAGUGCGCGGCGGCGACCUGUGCUCGCUGGCUCACUGUGCGCUCAGCCACGCCGACCAGUACAAGGACGGCGGACGCAGGAUGGAACUGUUCGGGUACGCCACACGUCGGUUUGACGUGGACGGGCUCUGUGACGCCAACGUGACCACAGCGACCACAUCACCACAUCUGUGAUCACUAUAGUGACUAUCUGCUGCCAAGGUGUGUCAAAGAUAUAAAAGUUUUGGCCGGAAAAACUAGCCAGCACGCGAGAUCUUCGUGAUGCGCCAUGUGUAAUUCCGAUAAGAUAUCUGGUAAGAAAGAUUGGCGACCAUU